ACUGAGGUGUCCUUACUUCUGGUCAUCAUGAAGGCCUUUGCAGUAAUCCUUGUGCUGGCUGUCCUCUCAGGCUGCAAUGCAAGAACUGUGUACCAGGACGAGUGGAGGAGCCGCUGGGAAAUCGCCGUCGACAGGUUUCAGGAUUAUUACACCAAUCUGAACCUGAAGGUGGAUGAAGUGAUGAGCGGCAUCAAGGGCUCCCAGAUCAGCAGAGAACUGGACACCCUGAUCCAGGACAGCAUGUCUGAGCUGGCCAUCUACAAGGAAGACCUGCAGACCAAGCUGGCCCCCUACGCUCAGGAGGCCGCCGAGCGCAUGUCCAGAGACCUGCAGAAGCUGGCCGACAAACUCCGCCACCACAUGAGCGAGGCCAGGGAGCAGAUGGAGAAGUACAGCCAGGAGCUGCAGACCAUGAUGGAGCAGAACGCCGACGACGUCAGGGCGAGGGUCUCCGUCUACACCCGCAAGAUGAAGAAACGCAUCAGCAAGGACACACAGGAGAUCAAGAAACAGGUCGCAGACUACUUUGAGGACCUUCAGUCCCGCACUUCAGGCAACAUAGAGGAUAUCAGGGCGCGUUUCGACCCUUAUUUUGCUCAGGUGCGUGUCAACGCCCAGGCAAAGAUCACCACCCUGAAUGAUCUGCUGAAGUCGCAGGUGGAGAGCAUGAGGGACAGGAUUCAGGACACCGCUGAAGACAUGAAGGAGCGCAUCCAGGAUACCGCUGAAGACGUACGGUCCACCAUGGAGGACAAGAUCGAGGAGCUGAAGGACUGGUUUCAGUCUUUUGUCUCCAUGAUCAAUGGUAACAUGUAA